AUGAUAGAGGAUGUGGUGGAUCUGGCGGGCAUCGUAAAUAAAGAGGAUGAGGGAAAGAAUGUGCUGGUAGUGGUGGUAUUCGUGGUGGUGAAUGUGGUGGUGGUCAAUGUGGAAGUAGUAGUAGCGGUGACAAUGUUGAAUUUAAUAGUGGUGGAUGUAGUGAAGGCCAUUGUGGUGGUAUUAGAUGUGGUGAUGGAUUUGGUAUUUGUGAUGGUGGUGGUGGUGAUUGAUAUGAUGGUGAAAGUGGUGGUUGUGGAUAUAGUCGAUGUAGUGGUCGUGUUGCAUGUGAUAGUAGGAUGCGGUGGUGAUAAAGGUGGUGGUGGUAUAUUUGAUGGUAUGCUAAUAGUCGAUGUGUUGUGGGAUGUGGUAUUUGUGGAAGUGGAUAUGGUGGAUGUGGUAGAUGAGGUACGAAAUGUGUUGGUAGAUGUGGUGUUGAUGGUGGAUUUGUUUGAAAAUACCGUGGAGGAUGCGGCAGUGAUGAAUUUAAUGGUGUUGGAAGCCAAUGUAGUUAAAGGAUGUGGAUGUGAUUCUGGCAAUGUGAUAGUAGUGGAUGUGGUGGAUGAGGUUGAUGAGGUUAAAGUGGUAGAAGAUGUGGUUGUGGAUGUAGUUUUCGAUGCAGUAUUGAUGGCGGUGGAUGUAGUAGAUGGGGUGGAUGAGGUAGAAAGUGUGGUGGUGGAUGUGAUGUUGGUGGUGAAUGUAGUGGUGGUAGCGGUGGAUGUGGUGGAGCUGGUGUAG